AGUGGCGGGACCCGCGGGGCGGGGCCCUGGGUGCUGGGCCCCUUCUCCGCGAACCCCUAGCGAGACGCUGCGGGCCUUGCUCACAGACCUUUUUCCUGCCCUGUUUUGGUACCAAACUCGAAAUUUGGGGCAGCGGCCUGUUAGUGCCGGACUGGGAUCAGCCCUGGGUUUCCAGAGUCCGGUUUUGUACGGACCUGCCGAGCGGGGCUGAAACCCCAAGAAUGGGUGUCCUCUACCCUGGGCUGUUGGGUUGGGGACGGAAGCUGCGGGCUCCCGGGAGAGGCCCGCUGCAGCUCGUGACCCGUUUCUGCGGGGACCACUUGCAGGCCAGCUCCGCCAAGAAGAUCCGGGCCGGGCAGGAGGAGCCCGGCACGCCGCCCUCGUCGCCACUGAGCCCCGAGCAGUUGGUCCGUAUCCAGAGGAACAAGGCCGCCGCGCUGCUCAGACUCGCAGCGCGCAAUGUGCCUGUAGGUUUUGGUGAGAGUUGGAAGAAGCACCUCAGCGGGGAGUUCGGGAAACCAUAUUUUAUUAAGCUUAUGGGAUUUGUUGCAGAAGAAAGAAAACAUUACACUGUUUACCCACCCCCGCAGCAAGUCUUCACAUGGACCCAAAUGUGUGACAUAAGAGAUGUGUUCUCCUGCUCAACGCCGUCCUCACCGUCCGGGCGCAUCAGGCCAAUUCUCAUAAAGAGAGAGGUUGGGAGCAGUUCACCGAUGCUGUCGUGUCCUGGCUCAAUCAGAACUCGAACGGCCUUGUCUUCCUGCUCUGGGGCUCUUACGCUCAGAAGAAAGGCAGUGCCAUUGAUAGGCUGGGGGAAAAUGACGGACUGCAAGCAAGUCAUCAAGAGUAAAUUGAAGGUGAGCUUCAUCACAAGUCAGGAGCCUCUUCCAGCCUCAGACAGCUCCAGGGAGCCACUGCAGGAAAAUUGCAGCAGCAGCUCUCUGCCAGAGACCCCUAACCAGGCUGAGCCAGCCUCCCACAAAGGUCCCAAAGACGCCUGCCAGCAAAGAACCUCCCAGCCACCCCUGCAGCAGAAUCCCCAAGGAAACCCCCUUUCCUCCGAUGACGCCUUCCCAGCACGCCACGCCAACGGGACAGGGACCGAAGGCCUGGAGACCCCAAAUACCAGUGGCCUGUCCGUGCUAGCCAGACCCCAGGGCCAGCGAGCCAGAACCCUCUCCAAAGAAGACAGGAAGCAGGCGCACAUCAAGAGGCAACUGAUGACCAACUUUAUCCUGGGCUCUUUUGAUGACAACUCUUCCGAUGAGGACUCUGGCACUGGCUUGUUCAGAGAAUCUUCCCGGAAGGGCAGCCGAGCCAGCCUGGGGACCCUGUCCCUGGAGGCUGCUCAGACCGCAGGCGAGACUGAGACCCCCGUCCCCGCUAUAAGGCCCAGCAUGUCCGGGCUCCACCUGGCGAGAAGAGGCCGAGAACAGAAGAAGCUGGACCUGCACAGAGACUUUACUGUGGCUUCCCCGGCCGAGUUCGUCGUGCGCUUUGCGGGGGAUCGGGUCAUCGAGAAGGUGCUCAUCGCCAACAAUGGUAUCGCCGCCGUGAAAUGUAUGCGCUCCAUCCGCAGGUGGGCCUAUGAGAUGUUCCGAAAUGAGCGGGCCAUCCGGUUUGUAGUCUUGGUAACCCCCGAGGACCUCAAAGCCAACGCAGAGUAUAUCAAGAUGGCAGAUCAGUAUGUCCCCGUCCCAGGAGGGCCCAACAACAACAAUUAUGCCAACGUGGAGCUGAUUGUGGACAUUGCCAAGAGGAUCCCCGUGCAGGCGGUGUGGGCUGGCUGGGGCCAUGCUUCUGAAAACCCCAAACUUCCGGAGCUCCUGCACAAGCACGAGAUUGCUUUCUUAGGCCCUCCCAGCGAGGCCAUGUGGGCACUGGGAGACAAGAUCGCCUCCACCAUCGUGGCCCAGACGCUGCAGAUCCCAACGCUGCCCUGGAGCGGAAGCGGUCUGACGGUGGAGUGGGCAGAAGAUAGUCUGCAGCCGGGGCAAAGGAUCAGCGUCCCAGAGUACAUUUACAACGAUGGUUGCGUGAAAGAUGUCGAUGAGGGCUUGGAGGCAGCAGAAAAAAUUGGUUUUCCCUUGAUGAUCAAAGCUUCUGAAGGCGGUGGAGGGAAAGGCAUCCGGAAGGCAGAGACUGCUGAGGACUUCCCAAUACUUUUCAGACAAGUGCAGAGCGAGAUCCCCGGCUCCCCAGUCUUUCUCAUGAAGCUGGCCCAGCACGCCCAUCACCUGGAGGUCCAGCUCCUCGCUGACCAGUAUGGGAACGCCGUGUCCCUGUUUGGGCGCGACUGUUCCAUCCAGCGGAGGCAUCAGAAGAUCAUAGAGGAGGCGCCGGCCACCAUUGCCGCGCCAGCCGUGUUCGAGAUCAUGGAGCAGUGUGCCGUGCGCCUGGCCAAGACCGUGGGCUACGUGAGCGCGGGGACCGUUGAAUACCUCUACAGCCAGGAUGGCAGCUUCCACUUCUUGGAGCUGAAUCCCCGCCUGCAGGUGGAACAUCCCUGCACGGAAAUGAUCGCCGAUGUCAACCUGCCGGCCGCCCAGCUACAGAUCGCCAUGGGUGUGCCUCUGCACCGGCUGAAGGAUAUCCGGCUUCUGUAUGGAGAGUCCCCAUGGGGGGUGACGCCCAUUUCUUUUGAGACCCCUUCCAACCCUCCCAUCGCCCGAGGCCACGUCAUUGCGGCCAGAAUCACCAGUGAAAACCCAGACGAGGGGUUUAAGCCGAGCUCUGGAACGGUCCAGGAGUUGAAUUUCCGCAGCAGCAAGAACGUGUGGGGUUAUUUCAGCGUGGCUGCCACUGGAGGCUUACAUGAAUUUGCCGAUUCCCAGUUUGGGCACUGCUUCUCCUGGGGAGAGAACCGGGAAGAGGCCAUUUCGAACAUGGUGGUGGCUUUGAAGGAACUGUCCAUCCGGGGCGACUUCAGGACCACCGUGGAAUAUCUCACCAACCUCCUGGAGACCGAGAGCUUCCAGAACAACGACAUUGACACCAGCUGGUUGGAUAAUCUCAUCGCCGAGAAAGUGCAGGCCGAGAAGCCGGAUAUCAUGCUCGGGGUGGUGUGCGGAGCCUUGAACGUGGCUGACUCGAUGUUCAGGACCUGCAUGACGGAUUUCUUACACUCGCUGGAAAGGGGCCAGGUCCUCCCCGCAGACUCUCUGCUGAACAUUGUGGAUGUAGAAUUAAUCUACGGAGGCGUUAAGUACAUCCUCAAGGUGGCCCGGCAGUCUCCAACCACGUUCGUCCUCAUCAUGAACAGCAGUCACAUCGAGAUCGACGCCCACCGGCUGAACGACGGGGGGCUGCUGCUGUCCUACAGUGGCAGCAGCUACACCACGUACCUGAAGGAGGAGGUCGACAGUUACCGAAUCACCAUCGGCAACAAGACGUGUGUGUUUGAGAAGGAGAAUGAUCCCACGGUCCUGAGAGCCCCUUCGGCGGGGAAGCUGAUACAGUACAUGGUGGAGGACGGGGGCCACAUCGAGGCUGGGGGCAGCUAUGCUGAGAUAGAGGUGAUGAAGAUGAUCAUGACCCUGAAUGUGCAGGAAAGUGGCCGGGUGAAGUAUGUCAAGCGCCCAGGGGCUGUGUUGGAAGCAGGCUGUGUGGUGGCCAGGCUGGAGCUCGAUGACCCUUCUAAAGUGCACCCGGCUGAGCCAUUCACGGGAGAGCUCCCCUCCCAACCAACGCUGCCCAUCCUCGGAGAGAAACUGCACCAGGUUUUUCACAGUGUCCUGGAAAAUCUGACAAACAUCAUGAAGGGCUACUGUCUGCCAGAGCCUAUUUUUAGCAUCAAGCUGAAGGAAUGGGUGCAGAAGCUCCUGAUGACCCUCCGGCACCCAACGCUGCCACUGCUGGAUCUGCAGGAGAUCAUGACCAGCGUGUCGGGCCGCAUCCCCGCCCCCGUGGAGAAGGCUGUCCGCAGGGUGAUGGCCCAGUACGCCAGCAACAUCACCUCGGUGCUGUGCCAGUUCCCCAGCCAGCAGAUAGCCACCAUCCUGGACUGCCACGCGGCCACCCUGCAGCGGAAGGCCGAUCGGGAGGUCUUCUUCAUGAACACCCAGAGCAUUGUGCAGCUGGUCCAGAAAUACCGCAGUGGGACCCGGGGCUACAUGAAGGCGGUGGUGUUGGAUCUCCUGCGAAGAUAUUUACUGGUUGAGCACCAUUUCCAGCAAGCCCACUACGACAAGUGUGUGAUAAACCUCAGGGAGCAGCUGAAACCAGACAUGUCCCAGGUGUUGGACUGCAUCUUCUCCCAUGCGCAGGUGGCCAAGAAGAACCAGCUGGUGAUCAUGUUGAUCGAUGAGCUCUGUGGCCCAGACCCUUCCCUGUCAGAUGAGCUGACCUCCAUCCUCAGCGAGCUCACUCAGCUGAGCAAAAGCAAGCACUGCAAGGUGGCCCUCAGAGCCAGGCAGGUCCUGAUUGCCUCCCACCUCCCCUCCUAUGAGCUGAGGCACAACCAGGUGGAGUCCAUUUUCCUGUCUGCCAUUGACAUGUAUGGCCACCAGUUCUGCCCGGAAAACCUCAAGAAAUUAAUACUCUCAGAAACGACCAUAUUUGAUGUCCUGCCCACUUUCUUCUAUCAUGCUAACAAAGUCGUCUGCAUGGCAUCCUUGGAGGUUUAUGUGCGGAGGGGCUACAUCGCCUAUGAGUUAACCAGCCUGCAGCACCGGCAGCUCCCGGACAGCACCUGCGUGGUGGAAUUCCAGUUCAUGCUGCCCUCCUCCCACCCAAACCGGAUGGCCGUGCCCAUCAGCAUCACCAACCCGGAGCUGCUGAGGCACAGCAAGGAGCUCUUCAUGGACAGCGGCUUCUCCCCCAAGUCCCAGCGGAUGGGGGCCAUGGUUGCCUUCCAGAGAUUCGAGGAUUUCACCAGGAACUUUGAUGAGGUCAUUUCCUGCUUUGCCAACGUGCCCAAGGACAUCCCUCUCUUCAGCAAGGCCCGUACUUCCCUGUACUCCGAGGAUGACAGCAAGAGCCUCCGAGAAGAGCCGAUCCACAUCCUGAACGUGGCCAUCCAGGGUGCAGACUACCCGGAGGAUGAGCAGCUGGUGCCCGUUUUCCGGACAUUCGUUCAGUCCAAGGUGCGCCGGGCAGCCUCUGCUUCUGGGCCCCUGGAGAAGGAGGAGGGGCUGUCUUGCACAAGUGAUGCUGGCAACUCGGACAGGCCGAAGAGAAGCUGUCAAGUGCUCCCUUUAAGUGAAAAGAAAAACAUCCUUGUGGAGUAUGGACUCCGAAGAAUUACAUUCCUGAUUGCCCAAGAGAAAGAAUUUCCCAAGUUUUUCACAUUCAGAGCAAGAGACGAGUUUGCAGAAGAUCGCAUUUACCGUCACUUGGAGCCGGCCCUGGCCUUCCAGCUGGAGCUCAGCCGGUUGCGUAACUUUGACAUAACUGCCAUGCCCUGUGCCAACCACAAGAUGCAUCUGUACCUGGGCGCUGCCAAAGUGAAAGAGGGCACAGAGGUCACGGACCACAGGUUCUUCAUCCGCGCCAUCAUCAGGCAUUCGGACCUGAUCACCAAGACCUCUUUCCAUGUUAAUGAAGAUGAUUUCCUUCAUGCAAUUCCCUUGCAUGGAUGUACAUCUUGUGAAGCCUCCUUCGAGUACCUGCAGAACGAAGGCGAGCGGCUGCUCCUGGAGGCCAUGGACGAGCUGGAGGUGGCGUUCAACAACACCAGCGUGCGCACCGACUGCAACCACAUCUUCCUCAACUUCGUGCCCACCGUCAUCAUGGACCCCUUUAAGAUUGAGGAGUCAGUGCGGUCCAUGGUGAUGCGCUACGGCAGCCGGUUGUGGAAACUCCGUGUGCUCCAGGCUGAGGUCAAGAUCAACAUCCGCCAGACCACCACCGACCACGCUGUUCCCAUCCGCCUGUUCAUCACCAACGAGUCAGGCUAUUACCUGGACAUCAGCCUGUACAAAGAAGUGACCGACCCCAGAUCUGGAAACAUCAUGUUUCACUCCUUCGGCAACAAACAAGGGCCCCAGCACGGGAUGCUGAUCAAUACUCCCUACGUCACCAAGGAUCUGCUUCAGGCUAAGCGAUUCCAGGCCCAGUCCCUGGGUACCACCUAUGUGUAUGACUUCCCGGAAAUGUUCAGGCAGGCUCUUUUUAAAAUGUGGGGCUCCCCGGACAAGUACCCCAAAGACAUCCUGACAUACACCGAACUAGUGCUGGACCCGCAGGGCCAGCUGGUGGAGAUGAACCGACUUCCUGGAGGAAAUGAGGUGGGCAUGGUGGCCUUCAAAAUGAGGUUUAAGACCCUUGAGUACCCAGACGGGCGUGACGUUAUCCUCAUCAGCAAUGACAUCACCUUCCGGAUAGGAUCCUUUGGCCUUGGAGAAGACCUACUGUACCUGCGGGCAUCCGAGAUGGCCCGGGCAGAGGGCAUCCCCAAAAUCUACCUCGCUGCCAACAGUGGGGCCCGUAUCGGCCUUGCGGAGGAGAUCAAACACAUGUUCCAGGUGGCUUGGGUGGACCAGGAAGACCCCCACAAGGGAAUUAAGUACCUGUACCUGACUCCCCAAGACUACACCACAGUCAGCUCCCUGAACUCCGUCCAUUGUAAACACAUCGAGGAAGAAGGAGAAUCCAGGUAUGUCAUCACGGAUAUCAUUGGGAAGGAGGAUGGCCUGGGCGUAGAGAAUCUGAGGGGCUCAGGCAUGAUUGCUGGGGAGACCUCCCUGGAUUAUGAUGAGAUUGUCACCAUCAGCUUGGUGACCUGCCGAGCCCUUGGGAUCGGGGCCUAUCUGGUGAGGCUGGGCCAGCGAGUGAUCCAGGUGGAGAAUUCCCACAUCAUCCUGACAGGGGCAAUGGCUCUCAACAAGGUCCUGGGCAGAGAGGUUUACACGUCCAACAACCAGCUGGGCGGCGUGCAGAUCAUGCAUUACAAUGGCGUCUCCCAUGUCACCGUGCCGGAUGACUUCGAGGGUGUUUGUACCAUCCUGGAGUGGCUGUCCUAUAUGCCAAAGGAUAAUUGCAGUCCAGUCCCAAUCAUCACACCCACUGACCCCAUUGACAGAGAGAUUGAAUUCCAACCAUCCCGCUCACCCUAUGACCCCCGGUGGUUGCUUGCAGGAAGACCUCACCCAACCCUGAAGGGAUCCUGGCAGAGUGGAUUCUUCGACCAGGGCAGUUUCAAGGAAAUCAUGGUGCCCUGGGCCCAGACCGUGGUGACGGGACGAGCAAGGCUGGGAGGGAUCCCCGUCGGAGUGAUCGCUGCAGAGACACGGACAGUGGAGUUGGCUGUGCCCGCAGACCCUGCCAACCUGGAUUCCGAGGCCAAGAUAAUCCAGCAGGCAGGCCAGGUGUGGUUCCCAGACUCGGCCUACAAGACAGCCCAGGCCAUCCAGGAUUUCAACCGGGAGAAGUUGCCCCUCAUGAUCUUUGCCAACUGGAGGGGGUUCUCCGGUGGCAUGAAAGACAUGUACGACCAGGUGCUGAAGUUUGGAGCCUACAUCGUGGAUGGCCUCCGGAAGUACAAACAACCUGUCCUGAUCUACGUCCCACCAUGCGCAGAGCUCCGGGGAGGCUCCUGGGCGGUCAUGGACACCUCCAUCAACCCACUGUGCAUAGAAAUAUACGCGGACAAAGAGAGCAGAGCGAGUGUUCUGGAGCCAGAGGGAACAGUGGAGAUUAAGUACCGGAAGAAAGAUCUGGUAAAGACCAUGAGAAGAAUCGACCCAAUUUACAAGAAGCUCGUGGAACAGCUAGGAAUGCCUGAGCUCUCCAACAAGGACCGCAAGGAGCUGGAGGGCCAGCUGAAGGCCCGGGAGGACCUGCUGCUGCCCAUCUACCACCAGGUGGCGGUGCAGUUCGCCGACCUCCACGACAAGCCCAGCAGGAUGUUGGAGAAGGGUGCCAUCUCUGACAUCCUGGAUUGGAAGACCGCCCGCAGCUUCCUGUACUGGCGCCUGCGCCGCCUGCUGCUGGAGGACCAAGUCAAGCAGGAGGUGCUGCGGGCCUGCAGCGAGCUCAGCCACGUGCACGUCCAGUCCAUGCUGCGCCGCUGGUUCGUGGAGACGGAGGGGGCCGUCAAGGCCUACCUAUGGGACGACAACCGGACGGCGGUGCGGUGGCUGGAGCAGCACUGGCAGGCGGGGGAGGGGCCGCGCCCCACCGUCCGCGAGAACAUCGCGUACUUGAAGCGAGACUCUGUCCUCAAGACCAUCCGAGGCCUGGUUCAAGAAAACCCCGAGGUGGCCGUGGACUCCCUGGUGUACAUAUGCCAGCACAUCAGCCCGGCCGAGCGGGCCCAGAUCAUUCACCUCCUGUCCACCAUGGACAGCCCGGCCUCCACCUGACCCCGGUCCUCCCGGUCACUUGCAGGUCCACGGGCAGGAAAAACCACACUGAUCUGCUGACUGCAGGCCCUCGCCUGCACCUUGGGACUGCUUUUUAAAACUGCUGCAAGGCUGCUGACCCCCAAGUCACUCCUGUUUCAAUAAAAGGCUCAGAAGAGCCCCCUUCCAAGCAGAAAUCA